GAAGAGCCUAGAGACACAGACAGAGAGAGUCGAGAGAGAGGGAGAUCUGUCCACGUGUAAAUUGAGGAGACGAGAGGCAGACCUACUUCUCCAUCACAUUUGCAGGAAUAGACAUGAUAGUUUAAAUCGUUGAACUGGGAGAUCAUCAAUAAUUUGAGUUGCCCUAGCAGAGUGCUUUCUUCCUUUGUGUAGGAUGGCUCAUCUUACAGCAGUAUCUGGAUUUCUGAAGAAAACUUGGUCCCUCCCUCGCUACCUUGCUAACAAGUCCAGGUUCCUCUCGACAAGUUCUAGUCUUCAGAAAGAGAAACAGAAGCCUACUUCGGCUCAUCUGAUUCUCCAAGAUGGUACUACGUUCACCGGCUAUUCCUUCGGUCAUCAUAAAUCAGUGGCUGGAGAGCUGGUCUUCAACACAGGCCUCGUAGGGUACCCAGAGUCACUGACCGACCCAAGCUACAGAGGUCAAAUCCUGACGUUGACCUAUCCCAUUGUUGGUAACUAUGGAGUACCAGACACCAAGGAGGAUGAAAAUGGUCUCAUGAAGCAUGUAGAAUCAGAAAAGAUUCAGGCUACAGGCAUGUUAGUCCAGGACUACUCUUACCACUACAGCCACUGGAACUCUGUCAAGUCUCUCUCGGAAUGGCUCACAGAGGAAGAAGUACCAGCCCUCUAUGGGAUUGAUACCAGGAUGCUGACAAAGAAAGUCAGGGAUAAGGGUACAAUCCUAUGCAAGAUAGAGUUUGAUGGUGAUCCUAUAGAGUUUGAUAACCCCAAUGAAAGGAACCUGAUGGCAGAGGUCUCUACUAAGGAGGUGAAGAUCUUUGGCAAGGGGAAUCCCCAUAAGAUUGUCACCGUGGAUUGCGGUAUCAAGCACAACAUCAUACGCAGUCUGGUCAAGAGAGGAGCUGAAGUACAUCUAGUACCAUGGGAUUAUGACUACAAUCAGAUUGAAUAUGAUGGUCUAUUUAUAUCUAAUGGACCCGGUGAUCCAGCCCUGGCUACUGCUGCUAUAGAUAACCUCAAACAGGUAUUGGCUGAGGAGAAUCCAAACCCCCUGUUUGGUAUCUGUAUGGGAAAUCAACUGACUGGUUUAGCUGCUGGUGCCCCUUCCUACAAGCUACCUCUCGGUAACAGGGGCCAUAACCAACCAGUAAUCAACAUCUUGACUGGUCAAGCAUUCAUCACAUCUCAGAACCAUGGCUUUGCUAUAGACAGUGAGAAGUUACCCCCAGAUUGGACACCAAUCUUCAUCAACGCCAAUGAUCAAACUAAUGAGGGUAUCAUGCAUAAGACAAAGCCAAUCUUCACAGCACAGUUUCAUCCUGAACAUAAAGGAGGUCCGACAGACACAGAGUUUCUAUUUGACAAUUUCAUGGACAUGGUUAGGAGUGGUAAGACCAUGAAAGAUCUAACUUCUAACUUGACCACAUCGAGCAAGAGAGCUGAGAGGACUGAGGUCAAGAAGGUACUGAUGCUAGGGUCUGGAGGAUUGUCCAUCGGUCAAGCGGGAGAGUUUGAUUACUCUGGCUCUCAGGCUAUCAAGGCUCUCAAGGAGGAGAAGGUCAAGACUAUCCUGAUGAACCCUAACAUAGCGUCUGUGCAGACCAAUGAGUACGGUGAGAAGCAGGCCGACAGUGUCUACUUUGUACCCAUCACUCCAGAGUUUGUCACCGAUGUCAUCAAGAGGGAGAAACCUGAUGGGAUCCUGCUCUCCAUGGGAGGCCAGACAGCUCUCAACUGUGGGGUGGAGCUCUACAAGAGAGGGAUCCUGCAGGAGUAUGGAGUACGGGUGUUAGGUACACCCAUUGAAUCCAUCAUGGCUACAGAGGAUAGACAGACAUUCAAUGAUAAACUGAUGGAGAUCAAUGAGAAGAUCGCUCCAAGUGCAGCAGUGGAAACAGUAUCUGAUGCCAUUGAUGCUGCCAGAAAGAUUGGCUAUCCUGUGAUGGUGAGGGCAGCGUACGCCCUCGGAGGCCUUGGGUCAGGGGUCGCAGAGGAUGAGGAAGCUCUGAGGGCGAUUGCUACAAGGGGUCUAGCCUUGUCCAACCAGCUAUUGAUAGAGCAGUCUCUACUAGGAUGGAAAGAGGUAGAGUAUGAGGUCGUCAGAGAUGCUUCAGAUAACUGUGUCACUGUAUGCAACAUGGAGAACUUUGAUCCACUUGGAGUUCACACAGGGGAUUCGAUAGUUGUUGCUCCGAGCCAGACUCUAUCCAACCAGGAGUACCAUAUGCUGAGAGAAACAGCCAUCAAGUGCGUCCGCCAUCUUGGUAUCAUAGGGGAGUGUAACAUCCAGUAUGCUCUCAAUCCUACGUCCCUGGAGUACUGCAUCAUCGAGGUGAAUGCUAGGCUGUCGAGGAGCUCUGCUCUGGCUUCUAAAGCUACAGGCUACCCGUUGGCCUUCAUCGCCGCCAAACUUGCCCUGGGGAUCAGCCUUCCUGACAUCAAGAACAGCACUACCCAGGCCACCACAGCCUGCUUUGAACCUAGUCUGGACUACAUCGUCACCAAGAUCCCUCGGUGGGACCUGGACCGCUUCCAUGGGACCUCCAAUCAGAUUGGCAGCGCCAUGAAGAGUGUGGGAGAGGUGAUGGCCAUCGGGCGUACCUUUGAGGAGAGUCUUCAGAAGGCUCUUCGUAUGAUCCACCCUUCUAUAGACGGCUUCACCCCAGACCUUCCCAGUGGCAAGAAGCUACCAGGCAAACUGGAAGAUGAGCUGAGAGUACCGUCUAGCAACCGUAUCUAUGCCAUUGCCAAGGCAUUUCAAGAUGGUUUCUCAGUCGAUAAGAUCCAUGAUUUGACAUCCAUUGAUAAGUGGUUCCUACAUAAGCUGGAUAAAAUCAAAGACAUAGAUGAUGAGCUAGGAGAAUUCAAUGCUCAAACUGUACCUCGUACCACUCUGCUGGAAGCCAAAGGUGCCGGUUUCUCUGACAAACAGAUCGGCAAGAAGAUUGGACUCCGAGAGACCGAUGCUAGGAAACUCAGACUUUAUCAUGCCAUUGCUCCGUGGGUCAAGCAGAUUGAUACAAUGGCAGCUGAGUACCCAGCUAAAACAAACUACCUGUACUGCACCUACAAUGGCAUGGAACAUGACAUUUCAUUUGAUGACAGAGGUACAAUGGUUCUGGGAUGUGGCCCAUAUCACAUAGGUAGCAGUGUUGAGUUUGACUGGUGUGCAGUGUCCAGUAUCCGGUCACUACGUGAGAUGGGCCGUAAGACGGUUGUGGUCAACCACAACCCUGAGACGGUCAGCACAGAUUUUGAUGAGUGUGACCGUCUUUACUUUGAGGAGCUGUCCCGGGAGAGGGUUCUGGAUAUCUACCAACAUGAGGGUUGUACCGGAAUGAUCAUAUCCGUGGGUGGACAGAUACCCAACAACCUAGCGUUACCUCUCUACAAUGAUGGCGUCAACAUCCUGGGUACUAGCCCUCUACAGAUCCAUGCUGUAGAAGAGAGGUCAAUCUUCUCGGCCAUUCUGGAUGAUCUCGGUGUUGAUCAAGCCCCCUGGAGAGCCCUUGCAUCACUGGACGAAGCUCUGGAGUUUGCUGCUAGUGUUGGCUAUCCAUGUCUUCUCAGACCUUCAUUUGUUCUCAGUGGGUCAGCAAUGAAUGUUGCCUUUGGCCCAGAGGAACUGAAAGGAUUCUUGGAGGAAGCUACCAAUGUAUCAAAGGAACAUCCUGUUGUCAUCACCAAGUUCAUAGAGGGCGCCAGAGAGGUAGAGAUGGAUGCUGUGGCCAGGAACGGCAAGGUAGUUGCUCAUGCUGUGACAGAGCAUGUGGAGAAUGCAGGAGUACAUUCAGGAGAUGCUACUCUCAUCCUACCACCUCAUACUCUUACUGAUGAACAACAGAGGAAGGUGAGGGACAUGACUGCCAAGAUUGCUCAACGUUUCCAGAUCUCAGGGCCAUUCAACAUGCAGUUCUUAGUCAAGAAUGAUGAAGUCAAGGUGAUUGAGUGCAAUCUGCGAGCUUCCCGUUCAUUCCCGUUCGUCUCCAAGACAAUCAACUGUGAUUUCAUCAACGUAGCAACCAAGAUCAUGGUAGGAGAACAUAUAGACCCUAGUCUCCUUCCAAGCCUCAAGAACCCAUUUGUUCCACAGGGAUAUGUUGGCAUCAAGGCUCCGAUGUUCUCCUGGCCCAGACUGCGUGAUGCUGAUCCGCUGCUCAGGUGCGAGAUGGCCUCUACGGGAGAGGUGGCAUGUUUUGGUCCCAAUGUUCCAACAGCAUUCCUCAAAGCCUUGCUCUCCACAGGAUUCAAGGUGCCUAAGAAGGGCAUCAUGAUCGGUAUACAGAAGACCUUCCAAUCUCAGUUCCUUCCUACCGCCAUGAAGUUCCACCAGAUGGGGUACGAGUUGUAUGCCACUGAGGCAACAGCAGCGUACCUCGAGGCCCACAACAUUCCUACCACUAAUGUUGGUUGGCCACUCGUUGAUCUACAUGAGAAGAGUGAUGCCACAAAUGCCACCAAGUUGAUCUAUGAGGGUGAUAUUGAUCUCGUCAUCAACCUUCCCAAUCAUAACACCAAGUAUGUCAAGGACAACUUCCUUAUACGACGAGCUGCUAUCGACUCCGCAGUCCCUCUCUUCACCAACUUUGAGGUGGUGAAGUUGUUUGCUGAAGCCCUAGACCAUGUGGGGCAGCUGGAUGCAACAUCCCUCUUCCACUACAAGCGUCCUACAGGCAAGACGGACAAGGUGAUAACGUCGUGAGUGUGAAUGACUCCAUAGGAAUAAUACAGCCCCUCUUCACAUCAAAAAAUAAUAAUCUAUCCUUGUAAAGGCACUGGAGCUAAGGGUCAUUACAGGCAGGACAGACAAGGUGAUUACGUUGUGAGUGUGAAUGACUCCAUAGGAAUAAUAGAGCCCCUGUUCACAUCGAAAAAUAAUCUAUCCUUGUCGCAAAGGCAAUAAAGCUAAGGGACAUUGCCAUGAGAGGGUUAGAGGUGUUUGUCAGGUUGUCAUAGUGGUGCUCUGAUGUAUGCUCUGGCGACAAUUGCUUGGGACUUUAUUUCAUCAAAGAUAUAGGGUUGGGUUUAGUAUUGCAAUGCGUUUUAGGUUAGGUUUAGUGUUAGGCUUAAGGUUGGGUUCAGUGUGUAGUCCUGGACUGAGGUUAGCAAUCCAUCUAGUGCAGGAUAUUAACCCUGUAAGAAUCUUCGCUGGAGCAUGUUUCAUACAACCAUCAUGGUUGAUAAUUCAUAGGGAACAGCGGGAUAUCAAUAGAUUGCUGAAGCUUGGAUCGUAAUGCUUCAGUUGCAGAUGGGAGCAAUAUUUGGAUUUGUAGUUGAGUGUGUGUAAGAUUGUGUGAAUAUGUAUUCUUCUGAAAUAUGUGA